UCGGUCUAAGCGGCACUUUUGCGCUAGUCAACCAGGGACACUUCUACCCAGACAGUUACUCCUGGUGCUGCUCUGCCCAACUCUGUUUCUUCAGAAGAGGGCUUCGGAAUUACUACUACCACUACCACUACUACUACUACCACUACUACUACUAUUACGACAACUACUAUUACUAGCUGGUGCUGAAGAACUCCUCUCGGUCGUCUCUUACCGUUGAUGACAUCCGAAUCUGUGAAGAUGAAUAUCGGCUUCGUUGCUCUAUUGACGUGCACGUUACUUGUUGGUUCAACCCUGGGGACUAAGCUAGGCCAGCCGCCCAAACCCCCCUGCAAACCGGGCUUCUCCCAGAACUUCUACACAGUGAUUGUCUCAAGGGAUAUACUGCGUGGCCAAAGCAUUCUUAAAGGAACCACCCUUUCCAGUGAGCGUGUGAAGUUUGAGAGCUGCCUGCACAACCGGGAGGUGGUCUUUGUGAGCAGCGACCCGGCCCUCAGCGUGCGCUCCGAUGGCUCCGUGUACGUGGAGCAGGAGGUGGCCAACCUGUCGGAGCCCGUCCAGUUCAUGGUCACGGCCCGGGGGCUCCGGGACACCCGGAUCUGGGAGACCACCGUGAAGCUGGCGGUGGCCGGCCACACACAGGUAGCACAGCUGGGCAUGCAAACAAACACACACAGACACAUGCAGGCGCACACACAAACACGCACACACAUGCAGGCAAGGCUGCUGCUAAGCUUUUGGAGAACCUAAAAAGGGAUAUAUAAG